AUGCUCGCGCACAGCUUUCCCAUGUCCUUCGUGGAUGCUGUCCCAAUUAUUGGGGUGACAGUGGGAAUUAUCUUGUGCUAUCGGCUCAUCUACAAUCUCUUCUUCCAUCCGUUGGCCAAGUACCAUGGCCCUUGGUAUGCCGGUGCAUCUUCUCUUCCGAUUGCCAUCAUAUCCGUCCUGAAAGUCGAGCCACAAUGGCUUAUGGGCGUAGUGAAGAGAUACGGCACGAAGGAGCCGAUCCGCAUCUCUCCGUCAGUGUUAUUGUUUCCACAACCUUCUGCUCUCAAAGAAAUCUACUGGGAUCCCAAAUGUAACCGCAAGAUGUCUCUGUACGGAACGGGUGCAAUGGGACCUCCUCAUCUGUUCACCACCCUUGAUGGCGAAGAACACAAGAAUUUGAGAAAGGCUCUCGGUGGGCAGCAAUGGACGAUCGGGUUCCUCAAAAAUAAAUGGGAGCCUCGCCUCGACGAUCUGGUCUCCCUGUUCAUCAGCAGGAUGUCGGAAAAGGCCCAAGCUAAAGAGAAAGUCUUAAUGUCUGAAAGAGUGGCUGAAUUUGCAGCCGAUGUCAUGACUAUGCUUUCUUUCAGCGAGCCCUGGGGGUUUGUCAAGAACAGUCGUGACGAGCGAGGCAUCCUCAGCAGCUGGCGCCGAGGACUUCCUCUGUUUGGAUUCGCCGGACGCUCGACUACCUUUCGAAAGAUCCUGUCCAUUCCCGGUGUAGGUGAACGCUUCCUUCCCAAGGAGACUGACGAAAAUGGGUUCGGUUACUUGAUGAACUGGGCCGACAAGCAAGUCAGUCGUCGUGAGAAGGAGGUAGAAGAUGGAUUGGUGAUGAAGCAACCAGAUUACCUUCAAUACUGUCUCGAUGCCCGCCGGGAUGGAAAGCCCCUCACCGCCGUAGAGAAACGUGCUCAUGUCACACUACUCAUUCAAGCCGGGGCUGAUACCACGGGGACCGCUCUCGGAGCCACUCUACGAUUUAUGACUCUGAAUCCCGAGACAAAGGAACGUGCUUGGGAGGAAAUUCUUGUCGCAGAGAAGGAAGGCAAGCUCUCCACUCCGAUCCAAUAUGAAGAGACGCGAGAGUAUCUUCCCUACUUCUGCGCCUGCAUCAAAGAAGCGAUCAGACUGUGUCCUCCUGCCGACAAUCUCUUCGGCCGUGUGGUAGGAGAAGGCGGCAAGGUGAUCGAAGGUCAAUUCCUUCCUCCUGGCACGGAGAUUACUAGCAACGCAUACGUCGUUCAGAGAGAUCCCGACCUCUAUCCUGAUCCAGAGGCUUUCCGUCCUGAGAGAUGGCUGGAAAGCAAGGAAAAGGCAGCAGAACUUGAGCUUCACCAAUUCGUGUUCGGCAUUGGCCCUCGCAUUUGUCUAGGAAAGGACGUGGCCAUUAUUGAGCUACAUAAGCUCCUCCCCGAGAUCAUUCGGCGGUUCGACCUGGAGCUUGUGACAGCCGGAAAAUAUGUCGUAGCUGGAGGUGUUGCGUACUUCGAAAAUUUCAACGUGAAACUCAUCUCAAGGGAGGAUGCUUUGCAAUGA